GAUGACAAAAUUAAAUACCCAGCUAUUUUCGAGAUUAGUUCCUCACUUCAGAGAGUUUCGUUGACAGGACAAAAGACAACACGAAACAGUUUGUAGCGAUUUUAUAUUCUGCAAUGGAUCAAGAAAUUGACUAAGAAAUGAUUUUUGCCUUAUAAAUACAAAUUCCCCGUAACCAAAGUGACCAGAAUUUUCUUCAAUAAUUAUGGCACAUUCAGAAAGAAGUCCGAUGAAUAUUGAGGAACUGUUACCUAAAAAAACUGUGAAAAUUGACGCUGAUAAGAAGCAAGCCGAGCCUAUAGAUACGUCUGUGUUACACGAUGAUGUGAAGAAAAAAAUACUAUCUCUUAAGCGUUUAUUGGAAAAGGAUCCUAAAGCUGCGGACUUAAAAUGGUCUCUUUUUAUCGCAGCGUGUCAGACAUAUCGAUAUGACAGCUGUGUUAAGCCGUUUCCACCGAUGUACAUAAAGAACGAGACCAAGGAUAUUGAUGCUUUGAGAAAAGUCCUGGAAACAGUUCCGCCCUUAAUCAUAGUAUACCAAGAACUUGAAGAACCAAAUGUUUAUGAAAAUUACGGUCCAGCGAUAGAAUUAUUGUAUUGGGUGUUGGUGCAAUUAAGAGAUCCUCACAUAAAAAGUGUGAAUAAAGAAUGCUUUGACUCGGUAUUAAGGAGGGUUCCUUCGGAAAUGCACGUGGCUGCUCCAAACCUAAUUUUUCAAGUGGUCAGUGUAAAACAGUCCGCCUUGGAAGAAAAGUGGCGAGCUGCAGGUCAAGGACGAACGAAAUUUUAUGCCUACCAUGGAAGUCGUCUAGAAAAUUUUCAUUCCAUUGUCCAUUAUGGUUUGCAACAAAAUAUGUGUAAGACUUCACUCUUUGGUACAGGGAUUUAUUUAUCGAGCGAAUUGGGAGUAAGUUUACCAUACAGUCCUGUUGGUUACGGAUGGGGAGGAAGCAUUCUAGGAAGCGAUAUGAGCUGCGUUGCUCUUUGUGAACUUAUUGAUCAUCCUCGCGUUAAACGGGGAGAUUCCGGUGAUAAUGAGAGAAGUAUGGUGCCAGACGCCGUUGGUGGAAAGGUUCCAAAUAAGUACUACGUAGUCGAGAAUAGCGAACUAGUACGAAUUCGUUACCUAUUGGUCUACAGCCAAGAAUUCAACUCGUCAAGAAGGUCAAACAAAACAGGCGUGCUCGCAUGGUUCCGAAAACACAAACUUCUAACAUUCGUGCUUGGCUACAAUAUCAAUCAAGAGAACACGAAGAAUGCAAAGUCCACGGCGCUUGGAGUCCCGAAACCAACGCGGAGGGCCGCGUUGGGCGAAAUUGGAAACAAGGUAACGAUUCACAGAGGCGUGGAUCCAAUUCACAAAUCUAGUCUGCUGCCAAGCAAUGUUUUAAAAAAGUCGACGCUCAAGCAACUAAGCAACAAAGAAUCCGAAAAAACAUUGGACAAGCCACCAGUUCAGGUCGUGAAGCCGGUGGUAAAAAAUAAUGAAUUACAAAUUAUUGAAAUCAGCAAGAAGGAAGUUGAACUGAAGAAAGAAGUGGAAUCCUUUUCAUCCGAUCUCCUAGAGGUAGAAGACAUCGACGAAGAUGACAAAGAAAAUCCCAUCCUAGUAUCUAUCUACAGCAACGACAUUUAUUCUUAUCUGAGAAAACUAGAGGCGGAAUUUCCUAUUAAAAAGGGAUUUUUGUCGGGACAAGAGGUGACGCCUAAAAUGAGGUGUGUGCUCGUCGACUGGCUAGUUGAAGUGCAUCAACAAUUUCGCCUGAUGCAAGAAACACUCUAUCUAACCAUCUCAAUCAUCGAUCGUUUUUUACAGUCGUUCCGGUCGAUAGAUAGAAAGAGGUUGCAGUUGGUAGGAGUCACUGCCAUGUUUAUAGCCAGCAAAUAUGAAGAGAUGUACUCUCCCGAUAUCAGCGAUUUUGUUUACAUCACUGAUAACGCAUACUCGAAGACGGAAAUCCUUCAGAUGGAAAUGCUCAUCGUAAGGACUCUAAACUACUCCUUCGGCAAACCACUGCCUCUUCACUUUUUGAGAAGAUACAGCAAAGCGGGAAAGGCUCUUGCAAUCCACCACACGAUGGCCAAAUACUUCUUGGAAUUGAGCCUUGUCCAUUACGAGACUUGCCAUUAUCUGCCUAGUCUUAUUGCAGCUGCGGCGAUUUACCUCUCCUUCUUUGUUAUUGGCAACGAAGAAUGCGACGAGGGCAAAUUAAUUUGGACCAACACAUUGAGGCAUUACACGACUUUUACGAGAGAAGAGGUCUUGCCUGUAGUUUACGAUAUCGCCUCAGUGAUCGUUGAUGCCGAGAAAAGCAAGUAUCAGGCAGUGCGGAAGAAGUACACACUAACGAAAAACAUGAGGGUCAGUUUGCGAACAGAACUCAAAUCGCCCACGAUGCUUGCCUUAGCAAAGAAGAAGCAAGCUUGAAAUGUAUUAUAAUUAUAACGAGAGACUUAAACUUUAAACUAUCAUAAGAUAAAAUCGACCUUGAAUCGAUAACUCUUGUGAAUUUGAGAGAGAUAACCGAGGUAAUGUUCAAUACCUAAGUCUUUAUUUCUAUGCAUGCUAUUUGAACUGCACACAAGAUUGUUUCGUUUCUUGAAACAAGGAUUUAUCGCGAAAUUGAGAAAGGAUUUUUCCUCAUCGAGUAGCUGUUAUGUAGGAAACGGUGUAUCUAGAUUGCUACUUACAAUGGAUUUUUGGGUGAUUUGACUUUUGAGGGAUACAUGGCAUCAAUGUUGCUGACUGCUUUCUUGUCUCGAUUAUUUUAGCCUUUUAACCUCUGUGCAUAGCCAAAUGAUUGUGAAAGUAUUUUUUAUAUAACAGCUAAAUAUAUUGUUUUUAAUCUAUAACAUAAUGUCCUCGUGUCAACGACGAGUAUACAUGAACAUACUAUUUUGAUAGUCAUUGUCUAAAGAAUCUUACGCUUUGACGUGAGAUACAAUUUUUUUCAAUACCUUGUAAUCUACACGAAAGAAAUGACUUAUUCAUGCGAGCAAAAUACUUUUUAAGGAAAUUUUACACGCGAUAUGCAGUCGCUGUAAAUAUAUAUAUUUUCUAGAAAGUUAAACUAACAUCGGUGGGGAAAAGGCUGGAGACUGUGAUCUAUCGAUAGCUUCAAAUUAACGAGGUUGAUUUUCUCGGCCAGUCAUUGUUUUUUCUUAGUUUUUUUAACUUUGCCCCUGUUGAAAGGAUUCCUUUCAUGAACAAAAAACUCUCGAUAGUUCGCUCUCGCUGGCCGCUGCACGCAAUUUUGUUUAUUUUAUUUUUUUAUAUAUUGUAUAUUAUCAAAAACUGAACAGACUUUAGGAAUGUAGUAAAUAUUUUCUGCAAUUUGAAAGGGAUCCGAGAUUAAUUUUACACUAAAUCUACCGAAACGAGUUUAUGCGUUGUACGCUCAAAGGUUCGACGGACGAUUGUAAAAUUUAGUGGCGUAGGUUUAUAGAAAUAUAGAAAAAACGAGACGAUACUAUAAGUAAAACGUUCCUUCGGUUUACAUUUUAGUCAACAUUUUACGCUACGACCGACUGAAUUUAUUCUAGGAAUUAAAAUAUAUAUCGUCUGUCAUUUUGUAAAUAAAUCUGUCAUCUAUCCAAAUAA